CACGCCGGUGCGUGUAGCCAUUACUGCAGGACUAUGGUGACAAUGAUGCUCACUACCCGAUGUGCUUGAAGCGGUAGCCACUUGCUGCUAGUUUUGGUUAAAAAGAUAAUAGCAAGUAACAACUGUAGUCUUGACAUCGAGGAACCAUAGCACAAGACCCGUGACCCAUGCAGGCUGUCAUUGAUCAGAAGAGGAAAACAACGCCCAAUUACGAAUUGGGUUGACUGUUCUAGUUAUUAGUUAGUCAACAUGUGUUUUGAUUUGAAAGAGAGAGAGAGAUAAAGGAAAGAGAAUAAGAUUGUAUCAUCCGAAGUGUGUCGUUUUAGUCAUACGAACGUCCUGACACACCGAGAGUCUGAUAACGUUCCCAUCAACGGUACGCGCUGGAUUACGUGCUAUAUCACUGCAGUUCAAUAUAGUUUAGCUGUUGGCACAGGCUGUGUAAUACUUUGUGUUCUUUCUGUUAUACCAAUGAGGCACGGCUACAAUUGUAGUUGUUCGAGGUAAAUACCGAAUCAAUAGCAACAACAUAUUGUGUUGGUGUUUCUGUGCGGGUGUUUGUGUAUCUUUAAAAACUGCCUUUACUUCUACUGUUGAUUACAAGCCUCCAUACGCCAUGUAACCUCAAGGCCCUUCUGAAUUUAACCACGGUCGCGUUAGCAAAGGUCCAUGUAAAUGCAGUGUAUCCAAUGGCACUAAACUCUCCUCAGCGGAGAGUACAGAGGGCUGGUGGAGGCAUGGUCAGCGUGGCGCUGGCCUCAACGUAUACGGCGGGAGUGAUUCUACAAUUGCUGCCACUGCUGUCGAACACGCAUGGCAUACGCAUUUUGGAUGUCGUCGUGCCUCAAUUUGUCGAAAACGGAACGGCGGACUCCGUCGUUCUGGACUGUGUGUAUCAGUAUUCACUCGAGGAUCAACAAUUAGUAGUAAAAUGGUUUUUCAACCAAGACCCGAAGCCCAUCUACCAGUGGAUUCCGGACCUUAAUAAAAGGUCCUACUCGAAGUCGCGCUUUGAGGGGCACAUCGAUCGCCACUUCGAGGUACCUCCGCCAUCGACACCGAUGCUCGUCCACCAUCAUCGAAGAGGCGGUCUAGCAAACAAUGACAAUGGGCCAGCUGACAAAUAUACAAAAUACCGCGCUCUCAAGAUCAUGCGGCCCACAACGGAGAUGAGUGGAAGCUAUUCAUGUUCCGUCACGUCACUGCAGGGCCAGGACACGAAGACCAAGGAAAUGAUUGUCUAUGCUAAGCCUCGUCGAUUCUCGCUAUCGUUCCGCCGGCCAGCAGAUUCUAGCGAAACGCAGUUUAAGUGCCAAGUCGAGGGCAUAUUUCCCCAGCCACAGCUGCAUAUGUACCGCGUCGAGCAGACUCGAAUCGCUGGCAACGAGUACACGAACGUGGCAAACAUGACUGAUGACCUCAACUAUAGCGUCCAGCCCGUCGGUCAUCAGAGACGGGCCACCAAAGACGGCUAUAUGACAGUCCUCACAACGUCGUUAUCGAAUCGACUAUUUCGAUUGAGCGCACAGAGUUCAAAAGCUCGUCGCCAUCUUUUCUUCUGCGUGUACACUAUUCCGUCGACGGACAUUAAGCAGACAAGAGUUCUCGAGUUCUAUCCGGAGCGCUUCACAUCAGAGGCAACACAUCUGGUUGAAACUUCAACACUAAGCAUAUCAGUCGGAGUGGCGCUGGCUUUUUUUGUGAUCUUCGCCACUAUUUCGACGUUGUAGUCACCGUCACGGCUCGACAAUGUCAAAAACAGCACCUAACCUCAAACAAACGCUACCUUAAAAUCGACAAAUGAUAAACAUGAGAGAGGCAAGCUAAAUCGAUCAACUGUACAGAAACAAACGAUCGAAGACUGUACGUGGUAGAUAAUAUUAAACAAAGGACUGCUUCGUAAUGUGAACCAAAGAGUGAUCUGCGGAUGAUUGAACGAGAUGAAGGUGAAGUACGCGUGUACGACACAUGUAACAUGUACAACAAAGCGAAUGACGCUAUUGGAGAACCCAGACAGAAUGAAACAAUGGUAACAGUAAUGCAAGACCAUUACAUACAGUUGUUAAAGUGAAGAGUAAAUAAAAAAUAUAUUUGGUCAGGAAAACGGGCGCCGAUUUGUCAAGGGACUAAUACUGGUACGGAGCGAAGGCGAAUAGGCAAGAACAGUAUAAACAUCUAGUGUCCGCAUGCACCAUUACUUCUUUGAAUGUGACUGCGUAUGUAUGUUCUUCGAUUGAGUGCGACAUAUUGCGGAUGAACCCCCGAUGAAUGAUUGACUACAGUAAAGGUUUUGUGCGUACGUGAACGAUGUAUGGCUCUGCGCGAUAGACAACAAAACAGGUUGAACCUAAUAGAGAGUUGAAGGAGACGUAGCUGACCGACGGAGAACGCUGCGAGAAGCAAUGAUAAGAGUACAUAUAUAUAUAUAUAUAUAUAUAUAU